AUGAAACAAAUCUUGAAAGACUUUUCAAAUCUAUUGCUGGUGAUGCUCUGUGACUGUGUUCUCGGAGAAGCUGAGAAUCUCUUCUUGGGAGAGCCAGGACAUGUAGCGCUAAGCAACGCCACCGUGUCUGUGGAUUUCCAGUAUUUUGAUGGCGCUAACGGGACCCUGAGGAAUGUAUCUGUGCUGUUGCUGGAGGCGAACACCAAUCAGACUGUGGCCACCAAAUACCUCCUGACCAACCAGUCCCAGGGGACACUUGAGUUUGAAUGCUUCUACUUCAAGGAGGCUGGCGACUACUGGUUCACAAUGACCCAGGGAGUGACAGACAGCAGCCCUCCAGUCUCCUGGUGGGAGAAAGGUGCCUUUCUGAAGGUGGAAUGGCCCGUCUUUCAGGUUGAUCUGAAUAGGACAUCCAAAGCAGCGGAAGGCACCUUCCAGGUGGGCCUUUUCACCAGUGAGCCACUCUGCCUGUUCCCUGUGGACAAGCCUGGCGUCGUGGUGGAUGUCGUCUUCACCAACAGUCUUCCCGAGGCAGGAACCAGCCUGGAACAGCCCCUGGAGAUAAGAAGCAGCAAGAGGACAGAACUCUCUCAGAGUCAGUGGGUUGAGUUUGGCUGUGCACCCGUGGGGCCCGAAGCCUACGUCACUGUGGUGCUGAAGCUGUCUGGCCGAGGCUCCGUCAUCACCUCCGUAGGACCCAUUGACCUGGCCCAGAAAUUCGGAUACAAGUUGGUGAUGGUGCCAGAACUCACGUGUGCGUCCCGGGUGGAGGUGACGGUGCUGCCGCCGCCGUGCAUCUUCGUCCAAGGCGUGAUCGCUGUCUUCAAGGAGGCCCCCUGGCGUCCCGGGGAGAAGAGCAUCCGCCUGGCUGAACACAGACUGACUCUGGGGCAGACGAGAACAGUGUUCAAUUGCACUUUGUUCGACAUGGGGAGGAAUAAAUACUGCUUUGACUUUGGCAUUUCAAGCAGAAGCCAGUUUUCUGCAAAGGAGAAGGAGUGCAUGCUGAUUCAGAGAAAUAUAGAAACUUGGGGACUGUGGCAGCCGUGGAGCCGGUGUAGCGCCACGUGUGGGGAUGGUGUCAGAGAGCGUCGCCGCCUGUGCCUCACUUCCUUCCCCUCCAGACCUGGCUGCCCUGGACCGUCCUCGGAGACCUCCCGGUGUUCCCUGGAGGAGUGUGCCGCGUUCCGGCCCUCCAGCCCGUCCCCUCUUCAGCCCCAGGGCCCAGCGAAGUCCAACAACGUUGUGACGAUCACCGGGAUCUCCCUGUGCUUGUCCAUCAUCGCGGCCACCGUCCUCAUCACGCUGUGGAGGAAGUUCGGCCGCCCCCACAAGUGCGGCACCCCCGCCCGGCACAACUCCAUCCACUCCCCCAGCUUCCGGAAGAACUCGGACGAGGAGAACAUCUGCGAGCUGAGCGAGCAGCGCGGGAGCUUCUCGGAUGCGGGUGACGGGCCCCCGGGCAGCCGCGGGGACCUGGGCAUCCCCCUGACCUACCGGCAGAGCGUGCCGGUGACCCCCGAGGACGAGGCCUCCGGCAGCGAGAGCUUCCAGUCCGGCGCCCAGAAGAUCAUCCCCCCGCUGUUCAGCUACCGGCUGGCCCAGCAGCAGCUGAAGGAGAUGAAGAAGCGAGGCCUGACCGAGACCACCAAGGUGUACCACGUGUCCCAGAGCCCGCUCACCGACACCGCCGUCGACGCCGCCCCGCGGCCCGCAGACCCGCCCCUGGACCCAGAGGGCCCGGAAGAGGCUGCAGCAACCAAGUUCCGCAUCAAAUCCCCGUUCCUGGAGCAGCCGGCGGCCGCGGCCGGGGCCGGGGCCAGGCCUCCCUCCCGGCUGGAUGUGCCGGCCUCGCAGGCCAGCUGUGCCAUGAGCCCCAGCCAGACCCUCAUCCGCAAGUCGCAGAUGAGGCGCGGGGGCAGCCGCGGGGCGCUGUCGGAGAGAAGCCACCCCAGGAGUCUUCAUUUCAGGAGGACCGCCAGCUUCCACGAAACCAAGCAGGCCCGGCCGUUCAGGGAGAGGAGCAUGUCCACGCUGACCCCGCGGCAGGCCCCGGCCUACAGUGCGCGGGCGCGGCCCUGGGACCAGGCAGAGGACAGGUGUCGACCUCCGAGUCGAGGAGCCGUCGUAUUUCCUGAGAAACGGGACCAUUUCCAGGGAGCAGGUGGGACCAGCACUCCACUAGGCUCUCUCCCUAAACCCUGCGCCCUCGGGCAGCCCCUGAGGAAGCCAGACCUCGGGUUCCGCCAGGCAGCAUUGGUGGCGGGAGGUGAGAGAGCAGAGCCGCCCAGAGCUCGGAGGGGACCGUCCCCCAGUCAAAGGAGUGUCUCGAGGAAGCAGCCUUCACCCACUGCCCCCAAAGAUAGCUACCACAGGGUGAGCCCUCUGAGCCCGCCUCCGUGUAGAAAAGACCGGUGUCAGAGCUUCCCGGCUCACCCCGAGUUCGCCUUUUAUGACAACACGUCCUUCGGCCUCACCGAGGCUGAGCAGAGGAUGCUAGACCUCCCUGGAUAUUUUGGGUCGAACGAAGAGGAUGAGACCACAAGUACACUUAGUGUGGAGAAGCUGGUCAUCUAG